AUGAAUCUCGCGACCCCGCGGAGAGUCGCUGACAGACAGUCGCGUGAGGCCGACGGCGCGGAGCACGGCAUGGAGCACGGGGUGGAGCACGGGGUGAGGCACGGGGUGGAGCACGGGGUGGAGCACGGGGUGGAGCACGGGGUGGAGCACGGGGUGGAGCACGGGGUGGAGCACGGCGUGGAGCACGGGGUGGAGCACGGGGUGGAGCACGGGGUGGAGCACGGGGUGGAGCACGGGGUGGAGCACGGGGUGGAGCACGGGGUGGAGCACGGGGUGGAGCACGGGGUGGAGCACGGGGUGGAGCACGGCAUGGAGCACGGGGUGGAGCACGGGGUGGAGCACGGGGUGGAGCACGGGGUGGAGCACGGGGUGGAGCACGGGGUGGAGCACGGGGUGGAGCACGGGGUGGAGCACGGGGUGGAGCACGGGGUGGAGCACGGGGUGGAGCACGGGGUGGAGCACGGGGUGGAGCACGGGGUGGAGCACGGGGUGGAGCACGGGGUGGAGCACGGGGUGGAGCACGGGGUGGAGCACGGCAUGGAGCACGGGGUGGAGCACGGGGUGGAGCACGGGGUGGAGCACGGGGUGGAGCACGGGGUGGAGCACGGGGUGGAGCACGGCAUGGAGCACGGGGUGGAGCACGGGGUGGAGCACGGGGUGGAGCACGGGGUGGAGCACGGCAUGGAGCACGGGGUGGAGCACGGGGUGGAGCACGGGGUGGAGCACGGCAUGGAGCACGGGGUGGAGCACGGGGUGGAGCACGGGGUGGAGCACGGGGUGGAGCACGGGGUGGAGCACGGCAUGGAGCACGGGGUGGAGCACGGGGUGGAGCACGGGGUGGAGCACGGGGUGGAGCACGGGGUGGAGCACGGGGUGGAGCACGGGGUGGAGCACGGGGUGGAGCACGGGGUGGAGCACGGGGUGGAGCACGGCAUGGAGCACGGGGUGGAGCACGGGGUGGAGCACGGGGUGGAGCACGGGGUGGAGCACGGGGUGGAGCACGGGGUGGAGCACGGCAUGGAGCACGGGGUGGAGCACGGGGUGGAGCACGGGGUGGAGCACGGUCUGGCUGGUGUGUAG